CCAUCUCUCUCUCUCUCUCUCUCUCUCUCUCUCUCUCUCUUCGCCAUUGAUGGAGUUCACGCCGCAGCAGCUCCGCGCCUACGACGGCGCGGACGCGGGGAAGCCGAUCUACGUGGCGAUCCGGGGCGCCGCCUACGCCGUCUUCGCCGGGCGCGACGCGAGCCGCGCCCUCGCGAAGAUGAGCACCGCCGCCGCCGACGUCUCCGGCGACCUCUCCGGCCUCUCCGACAAGGAGAUCGCCGUCCUCAACGACUGGGAGAACAAGUUCAGGGCCAAGUACCCCGUCGUCGGCCGCAUCGCCGCCGCCUCCUCCUCCUAGAAACCCUAGAAACCCUACAAACCCUAGCCAUGUGAGUAUAUGUGUGUUUGGAUCUGUUUAUAAGUAGCGGUGAAUAAGUGGAGGUAUGUAUGGAUUUCGGUUAACUGAUGAUUCGCUUUGCUUAGUUAUGGAUGCUAGAAUCGGUGUAAAAAUCUAUCUAUCUAUGCAUCAAAGGUGGAAACUUUUUACCAAUUAUCGUGAUUUGAUCCUCAUGGUGGUUGUUGUGGAUUGAUCGAGCACUGUGUUUGAAUUGUUUUUGAUUUGUUAAUGUGUUAUUCGCGCAUUUGAGUAUAUAUAUGUUCCGAUUUGGACUGUA